AUGUAAAUAACACCUAAAGCAUUAACAGCUUUACAGAAACUAUUGUCUGUUAAUUCGCCCAUUAAUCCUCACGAAAUCCGCAAUCAGGAGCACUCAGACUCUAAAAGCAAUUAGAAAUCCUAGUAGUGUUAGAGUAGUUGUCAAUAAGAUGGCAUUAACAAUAGGCUAAAAUAAAAAUUUAUGAGUCCUCUAGAAGGAAUAGAAUCACUUUUAAGACAUAGUAUAAGUAAAGCCUCAGUAAAUGGCAAACCUUAAGGAAAUGUGAAAAAUGAGUUAAUUAAUGUUUUAAAAUAAAAUCAAAAUGUAAAAGAAAAUACCAUAAAAAGAAAUGGAAAUUCAUUAAAUUAACUGCUUUAACCUUAAACGAAUGCACCUUAAAAGGAAUAGAGUGCAAAAGUUGAUUAUAAAAAAAAAAGACCUCCGCAACUAGGCGAUAUUGUUUAAGAUGAUGAUAAUGCUUAAUAAAAAAAAGUUACUACAUCGAAAAGUCUGUAAAAGAGUCCAAACAAUAUCAAUAAAAUUGGAUCAGGUAUAUCAUUAAAUUUAUCCUUCAGGCUUUUUUACUAGCACUCAUCAAAAAUAAACUCAUAUGAAUGUAUUUGGGUCAUUAAACGAAGUCCUACGAUAGUAUAUUCAAUAAUAAAGCCAUAAAAGACGUAAGAGAUUAAUUUAUAUUAGAGAAUGGUACUGAUCGAAAUCAAGAAGAAAAAAAAGUAAACGAAAAUAAAUUGCACUCAGCUUAAAACAAAAGGAUGUCAUAAUCACUAUAACCCAAUUAUAGCAACCUUCUCUAAGAAUUAUAUUUAAAAACCACAAAGAUUUUAACUACUUACCAAACCAAGGAAACUCUAUGGAAGUAGGAAAAGAAUAGUUUAAAAGAGGAAGUUAAAUUUUUAAAAUAGUUAUUAUAAUAAUAACAAGAAGAAUCUAAUUAAAAAUAUCAAAAAUGA